AUGUUGGUUAAUUCAGGUCGCACUCUCUUCAGUAGAGCAUCAAGCACAACAAGCACAACAAACACAAUAAUUAAAAGAAUGGUUCACAACAAAGUCACGAUCAUCGGUUCCGGUCCAGCUGCCCACACUGCAGCCAUCUAUUUGGCAAGAGCUGAAAUCAAACCAACUCUUUACGAAGGUAUGAUGGCUAACGGUAUUGCUGCUGGUGGUCAGUUAACUACUACUACUGAUAUCGAGAAUUUCCCAGGUUUCCCACAAGGUCUUCUAGGAUCUGAACUUAUGGACCGUAUGAAGGAGCAAAGUGUCAAAUUUGGUACUGAAGUCAUUACCGAAACUAUCUCUAAGGUGGAUUUGUCUUCUAAGCCUUUCAAAUUCUGGACUGAAUUUAACGAAGAUGGCCCUGCCAACACUACCGAUGCCAUGAUCCUGGCAACUGGUGCCUCCGCUAGAAGAGUGAACCUACCAGGUGAAGAAACUUACUGGCAACAGGGUAUUUCUGCCUGUGCUGUCUGUGAUGGUGCAGUUCCUAUCUUCAGAAACAAGCCAUUGGCCGUUAUCGGUGGUGGUGAUUCCGCUUGUGAAGAAGCUGGAUUUUUAACCAAAUACGGUUCCAAGGUGUACUUGCUAGUUCGUAAGGACCAUCUACGUGCAUCUACUAUCAUGCAAAGACGUGUACAAAAGAACGACAAGAUUGAGAUUCUAUACAACACUGUAGCAGUGGAAGCAAAGGGUGAUGGUAAGUUGUUGAACACCCUACGUAUCAAGAACGUCAAGGAAAACCAAGAAAGUGAUCUACAAGUCAACGGUCUGUUCUACGCCAUCGGUCAUACCCCAGCUACUUCUAUCGUCCAAGGUCAAGUGACUACCGAUGAGAGCGGAUACAUCAAGACUAUCCCUGGUACUGCUGAAACCAACGUUCCAGGUUUCUUUGCCGCUGGUGACGUCCAAGACUCUAAGUACAGACAAGCUAUUACUUCUGCAGGUACUGGUUGUAUGGCUGGUUUGGAUGCCGAAAGAUACUUGUCAUCUUUGGAAUAA